AUGGCGUUACCCAAGCGCAUUGUCAAGGAGACGGAGCGGUUGAUGGCGGAGCCCGUCCCUGGUAUCAGCGCCAUUCCUCAUGAAGACAAUCUGCGAUACUUUGAUGUCGAGAUCCAUGGCCCUCAGUCGUCUCCCUACGAAGGUGGCAUUUUCAAACUUGAACUCUUCCUUCCCGACGACUACCCAAUGACGCCGCCCAAGAUCCGUUUCUUGACCAAGAUUUUCCAUCCGAAUGUUGACAAGCUCGGGCGCAUCUGUCUGGAUGUUCUGAAGAACAACUGGUCACCCGCUCUCCAAAUCCGAACCAUACUCCUAUCGAUCCAGGCUUUGCUGGGUGCCCCAAAUCCCGACGACCCCCUCGCCGCCGACGUUGCCAAGAGCUGGAAGGAGGAUGAGAAGGCUGCCAUCCAGACUGCAAAGGAGUGGACGCAGCAGUAUGCCGUGCCCAAAUGA